AUCUUUGACGCAGCCUGAUAACGCUUCUCAUAGAUAUAAUUAGUUUUUAUAAUUAUUUCCCAAGGUAUCGAUUGUAUACUUAAAAAGUGUGUGUACAACAUUUAAUAUAAGUAUGUAUUACAACAAUACCCAUCAUUGAAAAAAGGUUUUUCUAAUAAAAUAUAUUUGAUAAACCUUCGAAUGCUAUAAUCUGUGUAAAAAUUUAGUCACUAGGUAGAUACAGCUCACAAGUUUUUUUGGAUCCAUCAAGUGUUUUCAAAAUGGCUACACACCUAGACGUGGAUAAAAUUAUUACAAAACUCACCUCCAAAGAGGUUCGGGAGAGCAAGAAAAUCAAACUAAUAAGCAUAUCUGAAUCUGAUAUAAAAGCGUUAUGUUUCAAGUCUAUGAGCAUAUUUAUGUCACAACCCAUGCUGCUCGAGCUAGAAGCACCAAUCAAAGUUUGCGGUGAUAUACAUGGACAAUUUCUCGAUUUGUUAAAACUGUUUGGAUUUGGUGGUUUUCCCCCCGACUCAAAUUACUUAUUCCUCGGAGACUAUGUAGAUAGGGGGAAACAGUCUGUAGAAGUCAUAUGCUUAUUGUUAGCAUACAAAAUUAAAUACCCCGAAAAUUUCUUCUUACUGCGAGGUAAUCAUGAAGCAUCCGCAGUAUGUAAGAUAUACGGAUUUUUUGAUGAAUGCAAAAGAAGAUAUAGCACUAAAAUAUUUAAACUAUUUACCGAUGUUUUUAACACAUUGCCGGUGGCUGCCAUCAUAGACGACAAAAUUUUCUGCUGCCAUGGAGGCUUGAGCCCAGAUCUCUUACAUAUAGGACAAAUUCGAAAUAUUCAGCGUCCUAUUGACAUUCCUAUUCAAGGUUUACUCUGUGAUUUAUUGUGGUCUGAUCCCAGUACCGAGCCUGGUUGGACGGAAAAUGACAGAGGAGUGUCAUUCUCAUUUGGUCCAGAUGUUAUUAAUAAGUUUUUAAGGAAACAUGACUUUGAUUUAAUUUGCAGAGGUCAUCAGGUUGUUGAAGACGGCUAUGAAUUCUUCGCUCAGAGAAAAUUAAUAACGAUAUUUUCGGCUCCAAAUUAUUGUGGUACAUUUGACAACGCUGGAGCGCUUAUGUCAAUAAAUGAAAAUCUUUUGUGUUCAUUUCAGAUUUUGGAGCCAACAAAACAUAUUGAAAAAAAGAAGUGAUUUAAAAAGUGAAUUAGAUUUAUUUAUGGAUAUUAAUUUAAGUACUAAGUAGUUACUUAUUGACUGUUAUUUAAAAACAGAAUCACGUAAAGUAACAAAUUUAAAAAAAAAUGUAAAGUAUUCUGCUCGUUACAUGCUUUACAUGUUAUUUGCAUGACCUUUUACGAAAUUCUGUUCAUAGUUGUUAAUAGAUAAUAAAGAUACGUUUUUAUUUU